CCCAUAACGAAGAGAACAUUACUUUCCUCGGCCAUUAUGGCUGGAAGAAGAAGAAAAAAGAUGAAGUUGCGACACAACAGACAAGUUUCAAAAAGACAGAGAGGUGCGCAACUCCCAACGGAACUUUUGGAAGUUAUUUUUUCUAAGUUAAGCUCGAGGGACAAUAUUCGUGCUUCUGCUGUUUGUAAAGAAUGGCUAGCUAUUGCUGUUUCUGUCAGAAUAGCCAAUAAGCCUCCGUGGCUUAUGUUCUUCCCAAAAUACGGACACUUGUACGAGUUCUAUGACCCUUCUAGGCGCAAAACAUAUUGGCUUGCGUUGCCAGAGCUAUAUGGUUGUAGGAUUUGCUGUUCCAAGGAUGGUUGGUUGCUGCUAUACAAACCUAGAACGCACUCUAUAUUUUUCUGUUGCCCUUACACACGGAAAUAUAUCAAUUUGCCUAACCUACAAUUAAUGAACGAGAUACUUACUUUCUCUGCUGCUCCAACAUCUCCUAGCUGUAUCCUUUUCACAGUUAAGCAUGUCAGCCCCACUGUUGUCACGGUUAGCACGUGUCGUCCCGGGAAAACUCAAUGGACCACUGUGAACUACCAAAACAGUGUACCAUUUGUUAGCAGCAUUUCGAAUAAGCUAGUUUACUGCCAGGGUCUUUUCUACUGUUUGAGUCUCACUGACUGGCUUGGGGUUUAUGACCCUAAAAAAAGCACUUGGGCCGUUGAUUCUGUGCCACCUCCAGAGAAUUUCAUUGUCGAGGAUUGGUGGGAAGGCAAAUUUGUGGCAGAGCAUAAUGGAGAUAUAUUUGUCAUAUACACUUGCACUGCAAUAAACCCUGUGAUUUAUAAGCUGGACCAGAAAAAUAAAGUAUGGGUUGAGAUGCAAACUUUGGGACGCAUGGCACUAUUUGCUAACUUUUUAUCUUCCCAUGCUAGGACAGAUCUUCUUGGAACAAUGACAAACAGUGUCUACUUUUCAAAGGUUCGAUUUUAUGGAAAACGGUGUGUUUCAUAUUCACUCACCAAUGAGAGGUACUAUCCACGGAAGCAACGUUAUGAUUGGGGGGAACAAGAUACUUUUGAGAGUGUUUGGAUUGAACCACCUGAAGACCUCUCAACAUUUCUUUAAUGGUAGCAGUUAUAGUAUUCAAAGUAAGUUCACUUCUUUGCUAUUUAAAAUUUGACCAUGUCUUAAUAUCAUUUAUUUUCAUUUUAUUCCAUAACGUAGUUACUAUGAAGACUAUAGCUAGACUUUGAAAUAUUAAUGUAAUACUACAUGAUUGUGACAUUAGAGAAUUACUCCAUAUUUUCUUCACUAAAA